AAUUUUUUUUUUUCGCAUUUCGGAGAAUUCGAGGCUGGAAUUCAGAAUUCUUCACCUGCACAUUUCGUUUACCGUUUUAGCUUCAACUUUUUUUCUUGGCGAAUAAAUCUCACGUCCUGAGAAAAAUCUCCGGGACAAAUUCACCAUUCCCUCGACAAAUCGUCCGUUUUCCUUAUCUCUCUUUCCCGGCGGCCAUCACAGUUGUGAUCAGCCAAGGCAGUCGCUUCUAUUCCGAACUCUAGGAUAUUCUGUCUGCUUUGCUUCCUUAUUCUGACCUGCGAGAACCAGGGCUUUGGUUUUUUGGAUUCGUCAACGUGCAUCGAAGCUCUUGAAUACUCCCACUCUCCGCAGGAUCAAUAAUGUUUCCAAAAUCGCUUGCCAAUCAUCUCAUGUCGCCGAUUCCUAUCUGUUCAACCAAACCCAGAUGUGAUAGUUCCUCCAAUCGGUCGUUGGUUGUUCGAUUCCAUUCCAUUGAUACCUCUAAGAAUGUGGAAACGAGCUCCAACAUGCCAGCGUCCACGCUUUUCGAAUCCACCAUGAUUUCAUCGGGUAAGGCCGGGUCGUAUCCGGGAGGGAUGGGGGUGCAUACUGGGAGGGAUCCUAGCGUGAAGAAGCCUGAAUGGCUCCGUCAGAGGGCGCCACAGGGAGAGAAGUUUUCCAAGUUGCAGGAGUCGCUUUCUAAGUUAAAGCUGAAUACAGUCUGCGUGGAGGCCCAAUGCCCUAAUAUUGGGGAGUGCUGGAAUGGUGGGGGAGGAGCAGGAGGAGAAGGAGAUGGUAUUGCAACUGCGACCAUCAUGCUUCUAGGGGAUACUUGCACUCGUGGUUGUAGAUUUUGUGCUGUGAAAACAAGCAGAAAUCCUGCACCACCAGAUCCCAUGGAGCCUCAGAAUACUGCAAAGGCAAUUGCAAGCUGGGGCGUGGACUAUAUUGUGUUGACAAGUGUUGAUCGUGAUGACUUACCUGAUGGUGGAAGUGGACACUUCGCAGAGACGGUCAAGGCUAUGAAGAAUCUCAAACCUGAAAUAUUGGUUGAGUGUCUAACCUCCGACUUCCGUGGUGAUCUAGAGGCUGUGUUCAAACUUGUCCAUUCUGGACUUGACGUCUUUGCUCAUAACAUUGAAACAGUAAAACGCCUCCAAAGAAUUGUCAGAGAUCCCCGAGCUGGGUAUGACCAGAGCUUGUCUGUUCUAAAGCAUGGAAAACUGUUCAAAGAAGGGAUGAUCACAAAGUCUUCUAUCAUGCUUGGUCUUGGAGAAUCUGAUGAUGAGGUAAAAGAAGCUAUGGGUGACUUGAGGACCAUUGGUGUAGACAUUCUGACAUUGGGCCAGUAUCUACAGCCUACACCGUUACACCUCACAGUAAAAGAGUAUGUGACGCCUGAGAAAUUUGCCUUCUGGAAGGACUAUGGAGAAUCUAUCGGUUUUCGCUAUGUUGCUAGUGGACCACUGGUUCGCUCUUCCUACAGAGCCGGUGAAUUAUUUGUUCAGAAUCUGGUUAGAGGUGAGCACAAGAAUUCCUCCAGUGGCUUAUAGCAGACACUGUUGACUGCAACCUUUGGUGCUCCUAUGUUCUUCAACAGCAGCAAUGUGUGGUUCCAUUGUUGCUUGGAAAAUUUUUUAUGCUUCAUAAUCUGUUAUGUAUCCUGGAAUAAUUUUCACUCUUGUGAUAAGUUCUUUGAAUUUGAUGUGA